GCGCAUGCGCGGCGGCUGCCCAGCGCCCCGCCCCCCCCAGGUUGGCUGAGGGGACGCGGUGCGGCGGACGAUCUCGCUGUGCUCGGCAGGGUUUCAUAUGAUGAGGCUUUUAUUAUGGCCAGUGAUCCCUUGGAAGGCUUUCAUGAAGUGAACCUCGCUUCGCCUACUACACCAGAUCUUCUUGGAGUAAAUGAGCCAGGGACUCAGGAACAAACUACCUCACCCAGUGUUAUCUACCGACCACAUCCUUCUGUUGUCUCCUCCACACCAAUCCAACCCAAUGCAUUAAAUGUUUCUGACCUUCCCACACAACCUGUUUAUUCAUCUCCCAGACAACUGAAUUGUGGAGAAGCAUCAGGUGUCAGCAUCAAUGUUACCGACGCAGUACUGUGUUCUACCUCUGGACCCCAGGGUGGGUCAUUCAAUCACAGUAAUUCCAGAAAGGAGAGCAAUAACGCAGAGAGAGAGUUUUUGCAGGGUGCUACAGUAGCAGAUGUUGCUGAAGGAAAUGAAGAUAUUUUUGGGUUAAGUACAGACGGUUUAUCUCACUUACGGAGCCCAUCUGUACUGGAAGUAAGAGAAAAGGGCUAUGAAAGAUUGAAAGAAGAACUUGCAAAAGCUCAGAGGGAGCUGAAGUUAAAAGAUGAAGAAUGUGAAAGGCUUUCUAAAGUGCGAGAUCAACUUGGACAGGAAUUGGAAGAACUUACAGCUAGUCUGUUUGAGGAAGCACACAAAAUGGUUAAAGAAGCUAAUGUCAAACAAGCUGCAGCGGAAAAACAGCUAAAGGAAGCACAGGGAAAGAUUGAUGUCCUCCAGGCUGAAGUAGCAGCACUGAAAACGCUAGUACUGUCUACUUCACCGACAUCUCCAACUAAAGAGUUUCAGUCUACUGGAAAAACUCCUUUUAAGAAAGGCCAUGCAAGAAACAAGAGUACAAGCAGUGCUAUGGGUGGCAGUCAUCAGGACCUUACCAUGAUGCAGCCAAUUGUAAAAGACUGUAAAGAGGCUGACCUAUCUUUGUACAAUGAAUUCAGGUCUUGGAAGGAUGAGCCUACUAUGGACAGAACAUGUCCUUUCUUGGAUAAAAUUUAUCGAGAAGAUAUUUUUCCAUGUUUAACCUUCUCAAAAAGUGAGUUGGCCUCAGCUGUUCUGGAAGCUGUUGAAAACAACACUCUGAGCAUUGAACCUGUUGGCUUGCAACCUGUUCGAUUUGUGAAAGCUUCUGCAGUUGAAUGUGGGGGACCAAAGAAAUGUGCUCUCAGUGGACAAAGUAAGUCAUGCAAGCAUAGAAUCAAAUUAGGAGAUUCAAGCAGUUAUUACUACAUUUCUCCUUUCUGUCGUUACAGGAUCACUUCUGUGUGUAACUUCUUUACGUAUAUUCGAUACAUCCAGCAAGGACUGUUGAAGCAGCAAGAUGGUCAAAGAAUGUUGCCCAACAGCCUUCAGUCCAAGGUUUUUUGAAACAGACCAUAUCAGACUUAGGCUCCUGGAUUUCCUAAGCAGAUAGCAGAAAAAAUGUCAUUAGCCCUCUGUUGACAGUUAAUUUAAAAAAAUGGCUUUCACUGUUAAAAUUUUUCUUUUUAGUUCAGUUGCAUUUUUGAAAGUAGAUUAAACCAGCAUUGUAAUGUUUAUGGAUGUCUGUGCUUUUUAUUCUUCCAGUUUUCGAGUCUGUGUGGAUUGGCUUCAUCCAGAAUUUGGCUAGAAUUAGCCCCACUUUGAUUUACCUCACCUAUAGUCAUCUCCUCUGAUAUUUCCCAAUUUCAAGAGCUCAGUAUUUUAGCUACACACAAAUCUUUUCUUCCCAUUUCUAACCUGAAGUAUUCCUGAGGUGAUAAAUAGAGAGACUGUUCCUUACAAAAAAUAACGCUGUUAACUUUCCUUGUCAAAGGGAAUUAUUUUCAUGGCAUUUACCAAAAAUUCACCUAUUACAUACACUAAAUUGUUUAAUAAAACCUUCAGAUGGUGGUAAUUUUUAUGGAUGUACUAGCAUUGCAGAAGAUCUUGAAAAUGUGUUAUUUAAAUUUUAAUUUGGUUUAUAGUUAAAAGGCUUUUUCUUUGACCAAAAAGACCUAUAUAGUUUCAACUAAAAAUUGUUCACUUUUCUAUUGAGAUAAAUUAAUAUUUUUUUUCCAUCAAAUAAUAAAAUGUUCUCAGCCUUAUCAGAAUUACUUAUUCUUCGGAAGAAGUUUUGAAAGAAAACUUGAGUUUGGUGUUUCAGCUCAAUUGUCAUAUUUACCAUUAAAAACAGAGAAUUUGCAUUUGUAGCUUUAUGUAAAUAUUUCAACAAUAUGUUUAGAAGAAUGUAGGCACUCAUGGUGAUUGCAUAAUGCAUUGUAUGUAUUUCUCCUCAUGCACCAUAUAAUUUUUGAGACAGAGGUCACUUACAAAAAUGGGUUUUGAAACAUGGUUGGGAAGACCUUGUACUUGUUGCUUAGGUUAAUAAUCUUUGUAGUCAGUCAUUUUACAUCAUGAUCUUGACUGCUUGGAAGUUAUUUUUGUCUUGAAUAAUUGUAUGCUCCAUUUUGAUUUGUAUUGCUGUGAUGUCUAGAAGCUUCAGGUAUGCGCUAGGCUUAUCAAGUUUAGCAGUUUAUUGCUGCUGGCAGAUUAGUGGUAGAAAAAAGAGGGAAGAAGUAAAAUUACAAGUGGAAAAACUACAACAAGAUUACAGAUUCUGUGAUGAAACAGUUCUUUUCCAACAAGUUCUACUUUUUCUUGUAGUCUCUUUUACAGAAAAUGAGUCAAGGGGCAGGGCAAUUAAAAUGAGAAACAGCAAUUAAUUGAAGCUGACAAGAAGAGCUGAUGUAUUUUUAUUCACCAAUUUAAAAAUUGUCUAAAAUUGGGAAUUUUUUACAGGACCAUCAUUUAGAAUUUUUAAAAUAAAUACUUCAACAAAUUUUGUCACAACCAAGCACAAAUAGCCCUCACAUAUUAAUUCUGGUUCUACUAGAUGUUUGUUACUUCUAUAGUUCUCCUACACUGAUGUACAGUGAGGCAGCCUGUGUACAUCAGUUGAAAUAAAAUAUGAAUUCAGUAUGUUUAAUGAUAUUUC